AUGUCAAAAAUGCAAGCACCAAUCCGUGAAGAUUUGCUAUUGAUUCACAUUUUUCAUUGUGCUUUUUCGGGUGAGGGUUGUACAAUGACUAUUCGAACGCCAAGUAUGUGCUGUUGUGAAGUAUUAAAAUGGAUUCCAGUCAUUUUUAUUCUUGCAAUUGUUGGAUGGUCUUAUUAUGCUUAUGUUGUACAAAUGUGUAUUUUGACUGUUGAUAGUGUUCCUAAAAAAGUGAUUUAUCUAUGCAUUUAUCAUAUAUUAUUACUUCUUUUCUUGUGGUCCUAUUAUCGAACAGUAUUUACACCUCUAGUGGGACCAACGAGACAGUUUUAUAUUGGUGAAGUUGAAGGUGAACGUAUUGCUGCAACGCAAACAGUUAACGAACGACGUGCCACUCUUAUUCGUCUUUCUCGUCAAGCAAAUUUACCAGUAUUAACACGACAUUUUGAUGGAAGUAUUCGUUAUUGUUCGAUAUGUAAAUGUAUAAAACCUGAUCGAGCUCAUCAUUGUUCAGUAUGUGAAAAAUGUGUUCUUCGAUAUGAUCAUCAUUGUCCAUGUUGUAUUUCAUAUGGAAAUUAUAAAUUUUUUAUUUUAUUUCUUGGUUGGGCAUUAAUUUUUUGUCUUUAUGUUUCGGCAACAUCGCUUGAAUAUUUUAUUCUUGCUUGGCAGAGUAUGUCUAAUACAGAAAAAAAUGAACAUAGUUCAAUAUCCAGAAGCGGAAAAUUUCAUUUGCUCUUUCUAUUUUUUAUUGCUAUUGUCUUUGGUGUCAGUGUAUCAUCAUUAUUCUUUUAUCAUUUAUUUUUAAUUGAAAAAAAUCGAACGACAGUGGAAUCACAUCGAGCACCAGUAUUUGCCAAUGUACCUAACAAAGAUGGUUUUGAUUUAGGUUGGAAACAAAAUAUUCAAGAAAUAUUUGGCUCUAAUCUUUUUCAAGCAUUAAUACCAAUAUAUACAACACGAGGUGAUGGAGUUCGUUAUCAAAUAAAUAGUAUGCUACUUGAAGAUUUACAAGAACAAUCUAGAAAUCCAACGUAUGUAGUAUAA